CCCGGUGGAAAAGCACUGUUUACCAGCAGUAAAAUGGCGGAAUUGCCCUCAUUCAACUUUCCUUGCCCCGUUGUUUUUCAGUCUUGGCAUAGUGAAAUUACGCAUUUGUCCAAGUUGGCCACGCGUCCAUCAUCGUCUGAACCUCUACUUCGACUGCAGCUUCUCGAUUUUUCCAUCCGUUUCCAGUUCUCUCUUUCGCAAAUCUCUGCUUCCUUUGCUCUCAACUUGCCUUCUGUCACUCUCAAACGCCGGUUUGUACUCGGCAAAGUCUGUGAAGGACCAAUAUCGGAGGAAACGGUGAUGUUCGUUCUCCCAGCUAUUGUGUUCGCAUUUACAUGCUGGUUGUGCUUCAGCUUGCUUGCUUAUGGAUGAACGAUGCGGUGCCAAAACUCUAUCUCCAAUAGUGAAACGCAUUAACCGUUUUUUGUUAUUUUGUAUCAAACAAUAUUGAUAAUAUUUGCCUGCCAUGUAAAUGUCUCUUUGGUCUGAACUUCAUAAUAUUUUUUGCAUGUAUACCAGCAUUCAUUAAUUUUUUGUAUAUAAAUGCUGGUUCCACUUGAGAGGUAGAUGCAAGUGGUAGAAUCCAAUCAAUCACUAUAUUGUUUUUUGUCUAUCUGUAAACAGGUUUCAAUCUUUUGUUUUAGGAUUGUACAAGUUUAAUAUUUUAUGUAUAAACAACUUCCAACAUCUUUGUUUACGGUGAUGUAAAUAUUUUGUGAUCUA